AUGAAUUCUGCAGGAUUUCCUAAAACUGUCUCGAUAGAAGAAGCAUUUCGAACUCUAGAAGUUCUAUCGAAAAGAUAUCCGCCACAACCGAAGACUGUACACGUGGCACGUCUACAACCCGGUAGAGUUCUUGCAGAAGAUAUCGAGGCAGUUGAAGACAUUCCUGCAGAAAGAAAAUCAAUCGUUGAUGGAUUUGCUAUAAUAGUCAAUAAACCUGGAACGAAGAGAAGAAUCGUUGGAUCAUCCACUGCUGUAACACCAUACGACGCUCAAUUGCAACAAGGAGAAUGCGUUAGAAUCACCAACGGAGGGGUGGUGCCAGAUGGAGCGGAUACUGUAGUUCCGUUUGAAGAUGUGCUUUUAUAUGGAGAAAUGGAUAGUAUCGAAGUUAUUACUAAACUGGAUAAAGGAGAAAAUAUUAGAGAAAGAGGAUCGGAGGCAAAUGUUGGAGACAUCUUGCUGAGAGAUGGUUAUCGACUGGACUCAAUUUCAAUCGGAUUGAUUUAUAAACUUGGAAUCUCUCAAGUUGAAAUAUACAAGAAGCCACGUGUUUCUCUGAUUUCAAUUGGAAAUGAGAGUAGUCAUCAGAGAAUGAAUGGGAAUUUCAAUCGUUCUCAGCUUCUUGCACUGUUCAAAAUUCAGGGAUUCAAAUCGAUCGAUGCUGGAGAAUGUGCAGAUAUACUGGUUGAAAUUGAGAAGAAAUUGAAUACAGCUGCAGAAUUUUCCUGUGUCAUUGUGGCUACAGGAGGGUAUGAACAAAUUCUGAAUCUUGCGGAAAAACUGAAUCUAACUGUGGCAUUUAACAAAAUUUCUUCAAAUCCGGGAAAAUUUGCGUUUGCACAUGGAAGCAUCAAGAAUAAACCAGUGUUUCUAUGUGUUUUGCCUCAAAAACCGGCAUCUGCAUGGAUCGGAGCAAACCUAUUUGUCUCCCCUUUUCUCCGAGCAAUGGAAGGAAGAACUGUCACAAAUGGAAUGCGCUGGAAAUCAAAGCUGGCAGAAUCUAUACCGAAAAGCUGUGAAACACGUUUUGUACGAGUUCAAAGCGAAUUUAUAAAUGGGAAAUUGAUAUCGACACCUGCUUCGUCUGAUAUUUUCAGCAGAGCCAAUUCUAUUCUUAAAAUCCCUGCAAAUUUUGCUUACUCUGCAAAGGAUACGGUUAAUGUCCUUCUCGUUGAAUCACCAUAA